AAAAUGGUGACCUGUCCCUUUAGACGACGGGCCUUGCGAAGAGGUUCAAAGAUCCUCUACAGAUAGUGGAGGUAUCGUCAACAUCGGAAGUGCAGCGCACAUUCCGGAACGCGGCGGCACCAGCACACCGAUCCACGCCUAGCAGGUAUCUGGAUACACGAACGUUGUGGAACUAGGGAUAUAUGUACAACUCGGAUAGAUGCAUUUCCGACUCGUACUACCAGAUAGACCUUUGGAGGGGCUUCGAUUGCGGUGGGUGCAAGGCUGACUAAUAGAACGCAUGUAAGCAGGAUGACCGCCAAGAAGCGGAGGUAAACGAGCCUGGGACUCUGCGCUCCUGUCAGGCGCGGUAUCUGGCGUCCGUCAUGCAAAGGCAUCCCGGAAGCAAAUGUCCGGACUUGUGCAGCACCCACUCAAAGAAGACAACCAGGUAGUCAUACAAGCAACAUCCCGGGCCCCAUUAUUCCGACACUCCACGUAUAUUACCUCUCUGGUUAUGGUCGACAUCAGCAUCGUCCUCGGAUCUCCUCAACAACACCCAGUACACGCACUCUCUCGUAACAUAUCGGCUUAGAACUAUGCCGACCGUCGGAUUCUACGGUUUCGGUAACAUCGGCGCCGCGAUGGCCAUGAACAUUCAGAAGCACCUCACGGCCACGGGCGGAAACCCUCUCAUCGUAUACAACCGAACUACCUCGCGAACAGACGCCGUCAUUGCGGCUGGCGCUAAACUCGCCCCGUCGGUGUCGAGCCUAGUAUCGUCCUCCGACAUUAUCUUUACCUGCCUCACGAACGAUGCGACGGUGACCGCGGCGUACGAAGAUAUCAUGCAAACCGAGGGGCUACAGGAAAAGGUCUUCUGCGACUGUGCGACGCUGCACCCGGACACCGCGCGAUCGAUUCAAGCCAGGCUCGCCGAACGUGGAGCUGGCUUCGUUGCGGCUCCGGUUUUUGGGGCUCCUGCCUGGGCUGCCGCUGCCCAGCUCGUGUUUGCCUUGGCCGGCCGUUCGGAGCACGUGGCUAAAAUCAAGCCAUACACGGAAGGCGUCACGGCCAGGAAGGUGUUAGAGAUGGGUGAAGACGUUGGCAAUGCCGAAUUGAUGAAGGUUACGGGCAACAUGUUCAUCAUGACCGUGAACGAGUCCCUCGCCGAAGCACUUACCCUCGCGGAGAAAUCGGGUUUAGGGCCGGACAGGGUUCACGAAUUCGUACAGACCAUGUUCCCGGGCUCGCCGUACGAGAACUACUCGAAGAGGAUACAGGCGCGUCUAUGGGUCGCCAAGGACGGUGAGAAGCCUGCGGGCAGCGCGCCGCAUGGGCUGAAGGACAUCAACCACUGCUUAGCUCUCGCUGAGGCGUCCGGCGUCCGGAUGUACAUCCUCGAAGCUGCUAAGAGACACCUCACUGCCGCUUUCGAAAAGCACGGGGAACAGGCCGACGUCAGCGCGAUGUACGGCGCAGCGAGGGAGGAAGCUGGGCUGCCGUUCGGACCUUAGUAAUCUCUAAUCAGCCUCGAUGCGGAACAUCAUCCCAAGUAACGGGUAGCAAUGUUAUAUAAAAUAGACCGACGCCAUAUUACGCUCU